CUCGAACCACUAAAACUUCUGGGAAAUGUAGUCUACACUCAGAAAAACAUAGGACCAGCCAACAUCGACUGAUUCCGUCCGGUACUGAGCCCGGGAUUGGCGGAGCCCAGGAGACCUCUGGGAGUGCUAGCCAGCCCAAGGAGUGCGCAGGCGCAGACUUUCUGGCUGGGCACCGUCGUCUUUGUCUGCUGGCCAGCUUCCUUGUGCAGCCCCAAGAGCUGCGGUUUCCUUAUCCUUCAAAACCUCUGAGGGUCCUAAGCUUUCAGCCUGAGUUCUGGGAUGCUGCUUUGACCCUCAACAGUAAUGUCUCAGUCCUGUGGCACUAUUUAGAAGUUUAGUCACCAGUUCAAACAAGAAGAGCAAUGGAUGACUGAGGAAGAAAUGUAAAGGAGGUGUUCCCCAGAAAAGACCUGGAAAUUUAUAAAUAGAUAAAGACAACCUGAAAGACUUGUGAGUUAAGUCUCAUCUUUCUCUGUGAAAACACAGCCAAUGAAAAACUCAGAAAACCUAUGAAACAGAAAAAUAUUUCCUUUGAGCACAGAAAUCAGUUCUUUAAGACUACACCUCUAUGUAUGGGACUGAGUUUAAAAGAGUUUGGAACAUAAUUUAUACUUAAAUAUGAGAGAAACUGUCUAAGAAAGAACCAUUAGGUAUAUAAUGAGGGUGCUAUAUUUCAUCCCAUUUUGUAAUCAUCUAAACUCAGGAUAACCAGUGUGAAAAAGUCAUUAUAAAUUCAACUUCAUUAUAUACCUGAGAAUUAAUUUUGGAGAGAAACCGUAUGAAUUCAGUGAUAUGGAAAAGCUUUCAUCCAUGUCACAUGUCAAUAUAUACUAAGGAAUUAUUAUUGGAGAAAAUAUCUGUACAUGAUAAGAAUGUUGGAAAGCCUUCAGCCUGAAUCAGAUCUCCUUCAGCAUGAUGAAAUUCAUACUAGAGAGAAACUUUUUGAAUGUAAUGAAUGUGGAAAAACGUUUAGCCUGAAGCCAGACUUCAUAGAGCAUAAGAAAAUGCAUACUGGAGAGAAAUCACAUGAAUGUACUGAAUGUGGUAAAGUGUUCUCUCGAGUCUCAUCCCUUACUCUACAUUUGAGAAGUCAUACAGGAAAGAAACCAUAUAAAUGUAAUAAAUGUGGAAAAGCCUUCAGCCAGAAGGGAAACUUCCUUUCUCAUCAGAAACAUCACAUUGGAGAGAAACCUUAUGAAUGUGGGAAAGCUUCUAUUCAGAUGCCAAACCUCAUUAAACACCAGAGAAAUCAUACUGAAAACAAACCCUAUGCAUGUAAGGAAUGUGGGAAAGUGUUCAGUGGCAAAUCAUAUCUCACUGAGCAUGAGAAAAUUCAUACAGGAGAGAAACCCUUUGAAUGUAAUCAGUGUGGAAGAGCCUUCAGCCAGAAGCAAUACCUCAUUAAACAUCAGAAUAUCCAUAGUGGAAAGAAACCCUUUAAAUGUAAUGAGUGUGGAAAAGCCUUUAGCCAAAAGGAAAACCUCAUUAUCCAUCAAAGAAUACAUACUGGAGAGAAACCUUAUGAAUGUAAAGGAUGUGGGAAAGCUUUCAUUCAGAAGUCAAGCCUCAUUAGACACCAGAGAAGUCAUACAGGAGAGAAACCCUAUAUAUGUAAGGAAUGUGGAAAAGCAUUCAGUGGCAAAUCAAAUCUCACUGAGCAUGAGAAAAUUCAUAUUGGAGAGAAACCCUAUAAAUGUAAUGAAUGUGGAACAAUCUUUAGGCAGAAGCAAUACCUCAUUAAACAUCACAAUAUUCAUACAGGAGAAAAACCCUAUGAAUGUAAUAAAUGUGGAAAAGCCUUCUCUCGAAUUACAUCCCUUAUUGUACAUGUGAGAAUUCAUACAGGUGAUAAACCUUAUGAAUGUAAAAUAUGUGGGAAAGCCUUCUGUCAAAGCUCAUCUCUUACUGUGCAUAUGAGAAGCCAUACAGGGGAGAAGCCCUAUGGUUGUAAUGAAUGUGGGAAAGCUUUCUCUCAGUUCUCAACUCUUGCUCUACAUAUGAGAAUCCAUACUGGAGAAAAACCUUAUCAGUGUAGUGAAUGUGGGAAAGCUUUUAGCCAGAAGUCACAUCAUAUUAGACACCAGAGAAUUCAUACUCAUUAAAGCUCUAUGAAUGCCUUGAAUUUAGGAAAACUUUCAACAGAAUUCAUACUUAGUAGUAUAUCAGAAAAUUCAUUUUACAGUAAAGUGAUGUGAAUGUGGAAAAUCCUUCAGCAACAACUCAAACCUUAAAAUACUGAGAAUUUUAAUAAUAAGUAUCAUAGUAUCGUGAAAACCUAUAGCCACAGAACCCCCACAACAAACAUUGUUAAUGCUGUACUCUUAGGAACAUUCUCAUUGAAGUAAGGAUCCAGUCAUGGACAAUAAUCAACAUGGUUCUGGAAGGCCUACCUGAUGCGUUAAGACAAAGAUAUGAGAGGUAUAAAGAUUUGAAGUUGAGACAAAAUUGUCAUUUUUUCUUAUGUUUUGCUGCAUAUAUAAUCAUCAAAAUUAUUUCCUCUUGAUUCAGUCAUAGAAAAUAGAUCGUGACAGAAUAUUAUAUCCACAAACAUGCAUGUCUUUAUGGGGAAUUGGUAAUUGAGAGGGGUGGUAUCAGAAAUCAGUAGGGAAAUCAUGGAUGAUUUAAAAAAUGGUCUCAGGGUAAUUGACACUUCAUAUGGGAAAAUAUUAGAUCUUUGCUCUUUCCUACAUUAAAAUAUUUAUUAUGAAAUCCAAAAGUAUUGAAUACUGGAAUCAAAAAGUAAAACUUAAACAUAAGAAUUUUAUGGGAGAAUGUUUUUAAAACCUUGGAUUAGGAAAAAUAUUCUAAAGUAUAUUCCAGAAUACCCACUCUUGAGUAUAUAUAUAUAUACCCAAGAAACUGAUACAUGUACCCAGGGAGUCAUAUGAAUUAUAUUAGCAUGAAUUAUAUUAGCAAAAAAUUGGAAACAAAUGUCUGCUGCUUGUGAAAUGGAUGAGUAAAAUGUAGUAGAGGCACACAGUAGAAUAUUCUCUAGCAGUUGAGUAUAACAAAUUAUAUGUAUUAACAGAAAGAUGUGAAAAAUUAAGUAGAUUGAAGAAAAAUGAAGUGAUGAAUAUAUUAUGAUAACUUGUGUGGAUUAAUUAAAUCAACACUAACCAACACUAGUAUUAAGCAUUGGUUAUGUAUGAACAUUUUUAUGUAAAACCAUGAAGAAUGGAUUGGAAUGAUAUACACUCUAUUCCCAAAAAUGGCUGCCGCUAGAAAGAAAGGCAGUAGAAAUGAAAUGGGACCAAGCAUGGAAGUUAAAGAAUGCUUUUUUGUAUCUAAAUAUCUAUCAUUAAAAAGAAAUAAAGAUUACAAGUAAAUAUAACAAAAAGUUAGUUAAUUCCAGGUUGUGGUAAUAUAUGUGUUUAUUCUAUUGUUGGUGCUAUUUCUUCUAAACUUCUGAAAAUUAAAAAAGAGAUAGGAGUAGGGAAGCUAUACUGGAAGUGCAUGUUAUAAUGGACUCACAUUCUCGGUCACAUGUUAAUAUUUUUUGGAAAAUAUUUCUGAAAUCAUAGUUUUAUUAUAAAUUAUGAAAUAAUUUGUAAUUGAGAUGGUAGAUUAACAAAUACAAUUAUUUAAAUUUACUCUCAUAUCACAUCACUAAUUUGUAUGUGGUCUCUACUCAGAAGUUAUAGCAUGAUUUUGCAACAGGUUGGUGGGAUCACACAUUUAAGGAUCAAAUGAAUUUAAUAGUACAUGCACAGACUUGGUAGGAAGAAUUAGUUUUUACUGAAACAUCAGAAAUUUUAAUAACUCCACAUAACCAGUAUUGGCAUUAGAAAUUAGACAUUUUUAAAUGAGGAAACCAUGUUACUCUUAAAUUUUUUUUAUAUGCCUCUAAGUGAAACAUCAACUCUUGCAUUUCAGCUUCAAUUUUAACCUCAGACUAGUUUUUUUCUCUAUUCUACCAGACACACAUCAGUCAAUCUCCCUUUCUUGUUUGUUUCCUUGUAAAAAAGUGCAAAAAGGGACAUCACAGACCCUAACAGGAUUCUUUCAUUUGAAACAAAUGUUUUUGAGUAUUUUUGUUUACUUGAUCCCUUUCCUCAAUAACUUCUCAUAUAGAAAGAUGUUAGUACUUUUUUGAAUAGUGAUAAAGAUGAGUAUGCAACAUUUAAACCUUAGGCUGAUUUCAACUAUAUUUCCUUUAAACUCAAAAUAAUGACAUGCUAAUAUAACUAUAGCACUGUACUGCUUGUUAUUAGCUUUUUUAAAGGUUGGUCUUGAGAUAAGAUUAGAAAUGCCAGGGGUUGAUUUUCUGAGGUAAUGUACCUAAAUAACAUACAUGUGUACCUACAUAAAUCUAAAUUGUCCUCUUUUCUUCCAUUCCUCAUGAAUCAUUCUCUCAUAUUCCUUAAGUGUCCUGCCCGUGUGCUUGUGUGGCUUUGAAGUCACCAGAGCAACUAGGAACUCUAAUUCAGACCAAACUAGGACCACAUUUUGGUACCUAUAGUUGUCCAGUGCCAAGCCGCAGCAACGUGAAUGAUUGUGAUGGUCAGACAGAGUAAGAUGAGCAAUCACUGCACAAUAUUCUGAGAGACCAGGUACUGUAAAUUUAUUCAGCCAUUCCCCUAUUGAUUCAAUUUCUUGCUAGUCAUUUGCCACCACAAACAACACUACAGUAAACACCCUUAUAGUCAGCCCUUACAUUUCAGGUAUUUUUAUUUCUGGGGGAUAGAUUACAGGCAAGAGAUUGCUAGAUCAAAGGAUAUAUGCUAUUUUUAAAAUUUUAAUAGAUGCUAUCAGUCAUUUUCAAAAACAUAAGUUUUCUCUAGCCCUGCAAUAGAUGGUAGUAUACUAUUUAAAUUCAUGCUUUUCUGAUGAGUAUAAACCAUACCUGCUCCUAGAUUUGCUUCUUUGUAAAUUUUCAUAGCCCAUUUUCCUAUUGGAUUAUCUUUUUGUCAAUUUUGAAACCUCUUUAUAUAUUA